UCGCCUUCCAUCUUCUUUAUGUCCAUCCAUCUCUCUGUAGAGAAGACCAUGACCAUCUCAAUGUCUAAUCAGACUAUGGUCACUGAGUUUAUCCUCCUCGGUUUUCCAGGUCUACAGGCGAAUUUCUUUCUUCCAGUUUCAUUUGCAAUGUUUUUUGAAUUCAUAAUUUCCCUACUUGCAAACAGCACAGUCAUUACAAUAAUUAUCCUGAGAGAACAACUCCACCACCCCAUGUAUAUUAUUAUUGCUAACCUCGCUCUCUCUGACCUUAUCUAUGACACAAUAGCAUUACCUAAAAUCAUUGCCAAAUAUUGGUUUGGAGCAGGGUCUAUAUCAUUCAACUGGUGCUUCUUCCAGCUCUUCUGUGUCCAUUCCCUUGGAAGUCUUGACUCCUUCAUCAUUAUGCUGAUGGCUAUUGAUCGUUAUGUUGCUAUCUGCAAACCUCUCAGGUAUCACUCCAUCAUCUCCAAUAAACUGGUGACUCUCCUCUGUUGCUUGUUCUGGCUCUUUGCAUUCCUAAUUGGAUUAGCUAUGACUUUAAUUGCUGUUCAACUUCCUUACUGUGGACUUAACCGUGUCAAGAACUGUGUCUGUGCCAGUCCAGCUGUAAUAGUUUUGGCAUGUGUUGAUGCUUCCUUGGAAAGAAAAAAAGGUUUUAUAAUUAGUAUGUGUGUGCACCUCUUGCCAUUGGCUGUUAUUAUUCUCUCAUAUAUUCUCAUAAUCAGGGUUGUGCACUUAUCAGCCAACAAUGGAAACUGGCAGAAAGCAUUUUAUACCUGUACCACUCAUUUAAUUGUCAUUGGCUUGUUUUUCAUUCCCAGAUUGUUUUUAUAUAUUAUCAAUCAGAUCCCUGUGAUGCUUGAUGCUGACGUAAACAUGUUAAUUGUUUUUCUCUUCACCUUUAUCCCCCAUUUAGCCAACCCCAUUAUUUUUUGUCUUCGAACCAAAGAAAUUAGAUGUAUUUUGAGGCAAAUGUUCAGUAGCAUUUGCCCUAGAACUGAGCACAGAUUUAGAACACCAGUGCAAAGACAUGGUAUUAGUAUUUUAAAAGGUCAUUAA